UUGGCACAGACCCUCAGUAAAUUACAUAUCCCCCAAACUCUUUAAACAGGCAGAUCACAAUGAAGGAACUCAACCAGUCCACUGUGACAGAAUUCAUUCUCUUGGGCUUCGCCCCCAACCCCAGGGCCAAUCCUCUGCUCUUCACCUUCUUUCUAGUCUUUUACCUGAUGAUCCUUGUGAGCAACAGCCUCCUCAUCAUCCUCAUCCACCAGGACUCGCGCCUCCACACGCCCAUGUACUUUUUCAUCAGUGUCCUCUCCGUGCUGGACGUGUGCUACACCACCACUACUGUGCCUCAGAUGCUCGUGCAUAUUCUCAGCAAGAAGAGGGCCAUCUCUUUUGCUAGGUGUGUAGCCCAGAUGUACAUCUUCCUCCUCUUUGAGAUCACCGAGUCCUGGCUUUUCUCCAUCAUGUCCGUGGACAGGUACAUGGCCAUCUGCCACCCUCUCCGAUAUAAGGUCAUCAUGAACCACUGGGUGUGCCUCCUCAUGGUGGGCAUCUGUGCAGCCUAUGGUGUGGUGGGUGGCCUGUGUGAUACCUUCUUUGCUAUGCGCUUGCCCUAUUGUGGUCCUAAUGAAAUUGACCACUACUUUUGUGAGGUUCCUGCUGUCCUGAAGCUGGCCUGUGCGAACACAUCCCUCAGUGACUUGGUAGACUUCAUCGUAGGGUUCAACGUCAUCGUGGUCCCACUCUCCCUAGUUGUCAUUGUCUAUGCCAACAUCUUUGCCACCAUCAUGAAGAUCUGCUCAGUCCAGGGGCAGAUCAAGGCCUUCUCCACCUGUGCCUCCCACAUCACCGUGGUCACCAUCUUCGCCAUUCCCUGCAUCAUCAUGUACAUGAGCCCUGGCUCUGACCCCUUGUCAAACAGCGGCAAGAAAAUGGCCCUUUUCUAUAACAUCGCCACAGCCUUCCUCAACCCUGUCAUCUACAGUCUGAGGAACAAGGACGUCAAAAAGGCUUUCCUCAAAUUGAUGGGAUGGGGCAGAGUGAGAUUUUAAAGCUGAAGACCUGGGGAGCUGAACAAAGCAGGACUCACCCUCACCAACUCCCUGAGGUGUUGAUUCCAUAAAGCUGGAAGAGCUGAUUCCGUAAUGCCUACUCUUUACCCUCGCCCCAUGGGAGGCAACAGGGUGCUCGGACCACUGCAGUGUCUCUGGUGAUGUGGUUGGAACAGAGACAAUUGUGAAGAUCCAGCACACUGGUCAAGAGGCUGGAUUUAGUGCCAGACAGAACAGGAGGAGAGACUUGCUUUUUCCAAUUACUAGAAACUGUGAAUUUCUGCAAGUCAUUUUACUACUUUCAGGAGUAAAGUACUUUAAGUAUCUCUUCCUCACAAGGAAGUUGUAGGGAUUAAAUAUGACAAUAUAUGAAAAGUGCUUAAUACGGAGCCUGGCAUGUAGUAAUUUUUCAACAAAUGUUAGUUUUAAUUUUUAAAAUUUAUUACUGAGGGAUGAACUAUCCACCGGGAAUCAGCCAUGAUCCUCCCGGGCUGUGGAAGUGACAGGAGCCCUAGAGAGUAAAGGAGAAAAAGGGAGGGAAGGUGGAAGAAGUAGAAACCCAAAACUGAAAAGUGGAGAAUCUCAGGGUGAGAAAGAGACUUGAGAAGGAGGAAAUGAACCUGUAUCCACCCAUCUGGCAAUUGUGUCAGUUAGAGCCCCUGGGGUCGAUUGAAAUUAUCUUGGGAAGGGGUAGAAUACUGUUUUAUGACCAUUCGUUUCUGUUCUUUUGUAUUUUUAUACCUCUUGAUUUCCCUUUUCUCCUUGUUUCUAAUAAAGUUCAUUUUGGAAAACUAUAUCCUGUCUUGGCUGAUCUCAAGGAAAGGAGACUCUGUCCACUUAAGGACAAGGGAAAUUAGAGAGGGACAGUGGGCUUAAUGUUACCCCAGAUGCAAAAUUUAGGGACUCCAGAGAGAAGUUAAAAACUCAAUGGGGUUUUUUUUGCUCUGUUCCCUCUUGCUUGAAAAUCUGCUUAUUCCUCAUAGAAUCUUUACAGACAUAAAUUGUUUUUUCCCAGGCUUCUCCAAUCUGCGUGGUCAUGUUACUUGGCAUCACUCAUAUUUACUGGCUUUUGCCUCUGCUUGCUGCCGCAGAAACUCCAGCACCCAACAAAGCAAUCCC